AUGAAUUUUAUUAGAGAUAUUUUCUCUGAGAAUGCAACUCCAGUAACUAAUGUUGAAACACCAAAUCCACGUGGAUCUUUUUCUCCAGUCAGAGAGGGAAUUUAUGUAAAAUGGUAUGUUGAUGGUAAAAAUUAUUUUCAUGCUGUUUCCGAAGCUCUUUUGGCUGCACAGCAUGAAAUUUAUAUCGAAGAUUGGUGGCUUUCACCAGAAUUGUAUCUUCGAAGACCUCCUUCAAAGAACGAACGAUUUCGUCUUGAUAGAAUUCUUAAAGAGAAGGCAGAACAAAAUGUGAAGAUUUAUGUUGUGCUUUAUAAAGAAGUGCCUCAAGUUCUUACAUUGAAUUCCGAACACUCGCAAACUCAUUUAGAAGCUUUACACGAAAAUAUUCACGUACUAAGACAUCCUGAUCAUGGUAUCGAUGGAACCUUAUUUUGGGCGCAUCAUGAGAAAAUGAUUGUCAUCGAUCGUCAUUUAGCUUUUAUUGGUGGAUUAGAUUUAUGUUUUGGACGUUACGAUACUGGAAAACAUCAAGUCUCGGAUUAUUCUGAAACUUCUCAUAAAAUAUCUGUAUGGCCUGGACAAGAUUAUUCUAAUCCUAGAAUUAAAGAUUUUGUUGAUGUUAAAAAUUGGUCAUCUGCUCUCAUUGAUAAAAAGAUGACCGCUCGAAUGCCUUGGCAUGAUGUAUCAAUUGGUUUAAUCGGAAAAGCUGCACGCGACGUGGGACGUCACUUUAUUCAAAGGUGGAAUUUUAUCAAAAAACAUAAAGCAGAAAAUAAACUCAAAUAUCCGGUAUUGAUUCCUAAAUCUGAAGCUCAAUGGGAACGUGAAAAUUGUGAAGACAUGAAAUCGUUUACUUAUUCAGGCAAAUCGCUUCAAAUUCAUCCAAGUCGCGGUCCAUGUAAUGUUCAAAUUUUGAGAAGUAGUGCUUCAUGGAGUCUUGGUCUUGCUGAGACAGAGCAUUCUAUUAAAAACGCUUAUAUUGAAACAAUUACAAAUGCUAAACAUUUUAUCUACAUUGAGAACCAAUUCUUUAUCACUGCCACUAAAGAAAGUGAUGAUUAUCCGAUUAAAAACCUUAUCGGAAAGGCGAUAGUUGAACGAGUCAUCAAAGCAUACAAAAAUAAAGAAAAUUUCAGACUUUUCGUUCUUAUGCCAUUGUUACCAGCUUUCCCUGCCGAACUAGAAACAUCGGGGGCUGCAACACUACGUCUCAUUAUACAUUACCAAUAUAAUUCAAUCUGCCGUGGUGGACAUUCUAUAAUCGAAAAAAUUAAAGAAGCCAUAUGUGAAAGUUCUGGUAUUGGUAAACAUGAGGAAGAAAAACUUGAUGCAAUAGUAGAAAAAUAUAUUAGUUUCUAUGGACUUCGAUCACACGAUCGGAUUGAUUAUUUAUCCGUCGAUAAUGCGUUGGGUAAACUCAUGGAAGAAUCCAAUGCUCCAAAUUUAAUGGAAGCGGCUGAUUCUGAUCCCGCGUUGGCAACGACAAUCAUGAACCUAGAUCCUUCAGGAACUUUUGUUACUGAAGAACUUUAUAUUCAUACAAAACUUUUGAUUGCUGACGAUAGGAUCGUUAUUAUUGGAUCUGGUUUUAAUGGUGAUCAUGAUUCUGAAAUUGCUGCUAUUAUUGAAGACAGAGAAUUCAUUGAUUCUAGUUUCCCUGGUGGAAAAGUUAAACAUCUUGGUAUAGAAUUUGAAAGUGAUCAUGAAAGUGGUACCCACCCCCCACCAAUUGGUAUCACUGGUCCUUACUAUCAUUGCGAAAAUGAUAAGUUUGUCGAAAACCCUGUCAGCGAUCAAUUCUUCGAAUUAUGGACAAACACUGCUAAAACUAAUACUGAAAUUUAUAGUGAAAUCUUCGCAUGUGUCCCUGAUGAUAAAGUCACGGAUUGGGACGAAUAUAAAAAUUUUGUUCCUGAUCAUGCAAAGAUUCCAAUUGGUCAUAUUUGUGAAUCAGCCAGAGGAAAUUUAUCUGCAACUGAAGCAAAAUUGAAAGGAAUCAAGGCUCGCGUCAUUGAACCACAUAGUAAUGCUGUUCUUUGUGUUAGAGAACAUCACGUCAUACAGUGGGAUGCAUCUUCCAAUCCUAAAAUUACCGACAUAAUAUCAGCUAAUCUUUACAAAGGAUUUGGAUCUGAUGUACAACUUAUUCAAACCAUUCCAAUUAAUCGUAAAGCAUCGAUUGGAUGUUCGGAACCUUUCAUCGUACCUGAUACUUCAAGAG